GUGUGCAUGGCGCUGAUGGCAGUCUUCCUCUUCUUCACCCUCGGCAUCAUCAUGAUCCAUGGCCGGGAGGGAAGCCUGUCUCCGUUGGCGAAGACUGUAUUUCUCCGCUACUUGUCAAAGAUGCUACUGCUGGGGGACCUCAGUGGCAAGAAGCGUGCAUAUGGUGAGGAUCAUGGCCAUACCAAGCACAGUGCCAUUGAGGUAACAAACCGCGCCUUUGAAAAUGCAGUCAUGGCUUCUGUCGACGUAGAGAGACCCGAGAACGACCUCGAGAGUCCCGAGCAGCCUGGUUCAGAUGGACAGACCACCGGUCCUACCGAUCUCCGCGAGAUGAUCGCCACUGCGGUGAAGACUGAGGUGGGAGAACAUGCCAAAGUCUUUAACAAUGACGAAGUGACCGACUACACUCUGCUGGCUAAGGUCUUGGACAGGCUGUGUCUUGUCAUGUACAUCAUCAGCAUCGCGGCAGCCGUGCCUAUGACCAUGUAUUUGAAGUGAUGUUGUAUUUGAAAGAUGCAUUUGAUGUGGUAAUAUCAGAGGAUAUCCUGCAUUUCAAAUGGUAACGGUCAAUGAUUUUGAAUCUCACUUGAGAGGUAGUUUGGACUGCAAAAUGUUUUCUUUACGAUGUCUUGCACUUUAUGUCUAAUGUAGAAUACUUAAGCCUUUUGAAAUGACUUGCUUGGUGAUAAACAUUACCCGACGGAUGCUAAAUUUAGACUCAGAAAACACAGCAAUCUGAGUUUAUGUGUAUUUGUAAGUAACAUCUAGUCACAGCAAGUUCGUGAUCUGCUGUUUCAUCUGUUAUCAAGGUUUUUGAAUUACUUGUAAUCAUCAUAAUAAUCCUAGAUCUGCAAUCAGAGCAUUGUAAUCAGUUGUAGUAAUCAUACAGUUUCUUG